GCGGGGCGGAGCGGAGCGAGGUGCGGGGGGAACCGGAGCCACAGAGCGGGCUGUGCCGGCACGGAGCGGGACCGGAGGCGGCGGGUUCAGUCUCUCCUGGCGCACGGUUUGAGUUUUCCCAGCGCAGAUUUUGGCGCUCUCCCGGCGCAAAGUUUGGCCUUUCUCCGCGCAGGAUUUGGGGCUCUCUCAGCGUGGCUUUGGCCUUCUCAUGGUGCAGCUAUUGGGGCUCUCCGGGUGCAGAUUUCAACGCUCAGCAUCACCCCGAACCUCCCCUACCCCGCAGCCCAUGGCAGCCCCUCGUGCGGGCAGCUGCUGGCAGGACCCGCUGGCGGUGGCGGGGUCCCCGUGCCGCCCGGUGUGCGGGACGCGGCGGCGGCGGGCGCUGAGCGUGGUGUGCGUGCCGAGCUGCCCGGCGGCCUCGUGCCCGGCGCUGCGCUGCCUGCGGGACGCCUGCCACCAGCUGCGGGGCCGCCUGCACACCGUGCCCUUCGGCCGCCUGGCGCUGGGGGACACCGCGGCCCUGGAGCGCUUCUAUAACGCAGACGUGGCCGUGGUGGAGCUGAGCGAUGCCGUCUGCCAGCCCUCGCUCUUCUACCACCUGGGGGUCCGCGAGAGCUCCGACAUGCCCCACAACGUGCUGCUGUGCUGCCGCGCCGCGCUGCCCGCCCUGCGGGCCCUGCAGGUGAGCGGGGACGGCCACGGGCGCUCCUGGCUGAGCAGCACCCAAGGGAGCGGGGGGGAGGGGCACAGGGGGUGGACGGCUCGGUGCUAUCGCCAUCCGUCCCCACCCUGAGCCUGGAUGAGUUCCCGUGGUUGCAUCCAUCCGGUGCCCAGAGGGGAUGGGGAGGGGGUGACCCCGAUGUGUCCCAGUGGGGAGGGAGAGGGGCUGACCCCGGUGUGUCCCAAAGGGGAUGGGGAGGGGGUGAUCCCUGUGUGCCCCAGAGCCCAAAUCCAGGAAAAUUCAGGCGCUUUCCUGGGAAACACCGAACCCGUGGAAGCCAGCGGGGCCAGCGGGAGGGCGGCUGGGGAGAAGCGUGGAGGGGAGCGCGUCCAAAUCGUCCCCCAGUGUCACCGCGGCACGAGGGAGCCCAAGGGCACCCACUCAGAGCCCAUUUUUCGCAGGGUGUGGGGGGAGGGCUGUGUGCGGCCCUGCCUGGGGUCGGGGCCAUCUCCGGGCGACUUUGACCCCGGAUCCUGAAAUCAGCUGAGUUCUUUUGCGCCAGAGCUCCUCAC